AUGUACAAGAUGAUGUUUUUUUUCCAAUGGGUUCACAUUGUCGCGCUGCAAACCGUUCUCUGCCAGCUGAGGCUGAUCAUUUGCAGCCUCCUCAUCCUUGCAGCCCUGCCGAUGACCCGCUCAAUUCCAGCAGGCUCUGGCGAGGCAGAGCAUCUCCGAAGAAUGCGGCAGGUUGCCUCGAUCAUGCUGUUCGUGAGCUUGGUUUGCAGCGGUUAUUACCUCAACCUUGCUCUUGCGGAUGAAGAUCAAAAGCUCAUCAGCGAGAACAACUGGUGGACAGGUGCACAUGGCAGUGGGAGAGAGCACUAUUGA